AGCCCGCGCCAAACAGGACCUUAGGUUUAUGCCAUCUGAGGUUUAGGGGCUUCAUCGAAGCAGAAGAUUUGAAGCAAUCCACCAACGAUGGAUCCGAACGGUGAUUCUAGCCCUAUUCCGACCGAAACCCAGAAAAGAAGCUUUGCUCCGUCCACCGUAUCGGCUUACCUCGAUCCUCACUACUGGGAUGAACGAUUCUCUGAUGAAGAACAUUACGAAUGGCUGAAGGAUUACUCUCAUUUCAGUCAUCUCAUUCAACCCCAUCUCCAACCCAAUUAUUCUGUCUUGGAGAUCGGUUGUGGGAAUUCUCAGUUGUCUGAAGAACUGUACAAAGGGGGGAUUACUGAAAUAACCUGCAUUGAUUUGUCAGCCAUUGCUGUGGAGAAGAUGCAGAAACGAUUACUAUCCAAGGGCUAUAAAGAAAUCAAAGUGCUGGAAGCUGACAUGCUAGACUUGCCCUUUAGCAACGAGUGUUUUGAUGUGGUUAUUGAGAAAGGAACCAUGGACGUAUUGUUCGUGGACAGUGGCGACCCAUGGAAUCCGCUGCCUGAAACAGUAAACAAGGCAAUGGCAACACUUCAAGGCGUUCAUAGGGUUCUCAAACCAGACGGUGUUUUCAUCUCAAUUUCUUUUGGCCAGCCACACUUCAGGCGCCCAUUAUUUGAAGCUCCAGACUUCACAUGGUCCUUUGAGUGGAGCACUUUUGGGGAUGGAUUUCACUAUUUCUUCUACCUAUUGAAGAAGGGAAGGAGAACAUCAAAUGGGGGAGGACCAAGCCAGAGGAUCGAAAUGCCAUCCAUGUCUCUGUUUCAAGAUGAACUAGAAAGCGAGGAUUAUAUUUUCAGAACCAACAUUGAUGAGAUGUGAAGUUAGGCCUUAUCCUACCAUCCAUUCGUAUUUUUGUCAUUGUAAUCCUGAGUUGAUUCUGUUGUAUUAACCGGUUCAGGAAUACCAUGGCCCAGUUCAGCUUGCAACCAAGUAACAUUAUUAGAUGUUUGGUUUCCUGGUUGCAACUUCCAUCUUUGUAGAGGACAGAAUAGCUAGAAAUGAAGCUUGUUUUUGCUAUUUGCUCCA